CUGUGACGUCACGUUGGGGAGGAGGCGUUGUUUGCAAAGCCUUGGAAGUGACUCCCAACUUUUUAAGAAUUAGAGAGAAUGUCAAGUACUCCAGUUGCUGUGGUGACCGGGUCCAACAAAGGCAUUGGGCUGGCCAUAGUGAGGGCUCUGUGCAAGCAGUUCUCUGGGGAUGUGUACCUGACAUCCCGGGACGUCGGACGGGGCAAGGCAGCGGUGGCAAAGCUGCAGGGAGAGGGACUGACACCACUCUUCCACCAGCUGGACAUCACCGAUCUUCAAAGUAUCCGAACCCUCCGUGACUUCCUGAAGGAGAAAUACGGGGGACUGAAUGUGUUAAUCAACAAUGCAGGGAUUGCCUUCAAAGGUGCAGACACGACUCCAUUUGCUACACAAGCAGAAGUCACUCUGAAAACAAAUUUUUUUGCCACCAGGGAUGUUUGCACAGAGCUGUUACCUCUGCUGAAACCUAAUGCCAGAGUGGUGAAUGUGUCUAGCAUGUGUGGUGCUUCAGCAUUGGCUAACUGCAGCCAAGAUCUGCAGAAGAAAUUUCGGAGUGACACCAUCACUGAAGAGGAGCUAGUUAAACUCAUGGAAAAGUUUGUAGAAGACACCAAGAAGGGAGUGCAUGAGAAGGAGGGCUGGCCAAAUCAUGCUUAUGGUGUGUCCAAAACUGGAGUGACCGUUUUGUCCAGAAUUCAAGCAAGGGUGUUGAAUGAGACAAGGAAAGGCGAUGGUAUCCUGCUGAACGCCUGCUGCCCUGGAUGGGUUAGGACCGACAUGGCUGGUCCCAGAGCCACCAAAUCGCCAGAUGAAGGAGCCGAGACUCCAGUUUAUUUGGCCCUUUUACCUCCUGGUGCUGUUGGGCCUCAUGGCCAAUAUGUUAGUGAAAAGACAGUACAGAAAUGGUAACUUCCCUCACAUUUCUGGAGGUACACACUGGAGAUCGGAAACAUUUGGCUUGAUCUAACAAUAGCAGUAUAGAUAGAAUUCGGAAUAUGAUAAUAUAACGAUGUGAUAAUGUGAUACAGAAGUGCCUGUAUGUCCUGUCAUGUCUUGUUCCAUGUAGCAAGAAAUGCUGGCCUUUAAAGUGCUUUCCCUUUCCUACUUUUGGGCACCUAACUCAGUUCUUUAUUGUUAUCAUAAUUUUGUAAAAUCAUUCACUCCUGGAAGACUUCUACAAUGUGCCUGCAUAGCUUUUUCAUAUUUUUUCAGUGGUAGUUUUCUAUAGAUGGGUAAAGACUUUGUUUCAACAAGCAUUAUGUUUGGACCCGCCUGUUUUCUGGAAUGCAAACAUUAAACUACUGCAGUUGUUCAGCAAAAUCAGUACCCUUGGAUGCAUUGAAUAAAACACUUAUUAACUAAUCAAAUCAGGCUUGCUUUGGGGCAAGGGUUUGCACACAAUCUGUGAAGAUACACACUUCAGUGUAUGGCAAUUCACUUCUCUUUCAAGGGAAGAAAAACAGGAUUCAGCAUUGUAGUAAAUUACUUUUGAUUUUUUUACGGCCAAAGAGAUACACCUUUAAAGCAGAGUCUCCCAAAAUCUGUAGAAAUGAAAUUCAAGCUGAUAUUUAUGAAUUCAACUCUUUUUGAUCAGUAUUAAAAACUUUCACCCCCAAAA